CCCCAUGAGUGAGUUGAGCCAAAGAGGGCAUCUCUUGCCACUUACUUCUCACUGUCAUAGCCAAAUGUAGACCUUCCUGUGUCCGUGAAAGUCUGAAUCGAGUUCGUCUUCUCUAAAGAGCAAGAUGAUCAGAGCAGGCAGCUCGUGCUAAUCUCCUCGUCCCCCUCGCAUUCAACUUAUUCCUUUCCAAUUAUCAAUAAUUGAAUUCUUCUGUCUUAGUGAUCCAUGCGAGACUAUUCUGGGGCUUGCAUUUUAUAAUGGGGGAUGUAAGAAAGUACACGGACGGCCAGAGCUCAUCUCAACCGGAAGGGCCGCAGGUUGUAGUGCCUAAGCCUGAGAUAGAGGACUUUGAGAUGCCACCUGAAACCGUGUGUUCAAGGCAUAUAGGGGAAAAUGUGGCAAGUUCAUCGGGAAGCAAUUUAAGAUCAUUUCUUAUUGGGAUGGGGUUUCUAACAUCUCUUGUCGACAAAGUGAUUGAAGAAAAGGGCGAAGAUGAUGCUGAUUUGUUAGUGGAGACUCUCAUAAGAUAUUCUGAUGCUCCUAAGUCAAAUUCAGAGUUGUCAGACUCCUUGGAUAGUUUGUUUGAUGAAAAGGAUACGAGCAGUCUCCCAGAAAUUUCUAGUGUUCCUCAACCUAAAGAGGAGCCUGAUAUAAUUGAUCAAGAUAUUCAUGACAAAAGGGCAUCCCUAUUAAUGAUGAACUUCUCUGUAAAUGAAGUUGAGUUUGCUCUGAAUAAGCUUGGUGCAGAUGCUCCAUUUCAUGAGAUAGUUGACUUCAUUGCUGCUGCACAGAUAGCUGAAAAUUUUGAAAAUGAGACAGAAGAGGAACCAGAUAGUUGGCAAGAAAAAAUUGAGUCUUAGCUUGUUACUUUGGCUAAGGGGACUGCAGCUACAACUGUCGGCUCUCAAAGCCUUUCUUUUUCAUCUCCUCUGUGUGUAAUACAUUAGAGAGCUAGUCGAAUGAAUCCAAAAGUCCCCUUUUGUUGUUUAUCUGCCUCGACACCAGUGCAUGAUAAACUUCUACUACAGCCGAUCAUCAAACCCAGUCAAGCUUCAAAAGAUAUUGGGCACUGUCCUAUGCUAGAUUAGACUAAGGACACGAUAAGAGGAGAUGCCUAGGAUUCUCCUCAUCCCUCUUAGGCCAAAAACAUCUUCUCUAAUGCCUUGCCUCUUUUCCUCUAAUUGUCCAUUGUCAGGAUUCUUCCUCAAGCCGCCUCCCAAGACAAAAAAAUGAAGUUGGGGAAGCAUUCUGAUUCUUCCCUUCCAUAUGAGCUUCCAAAGGAAAUUAAUUAAAACAGCAGAGACAUUGGUGAUAUUCCAAAGUCCAAACUACUUUUCUGUAGAAGAAAAAAUAUUAUUAGUGGAAAAGGGCAUCUGUUACAAAAGAAGGGAAGACAAGGUAUUUUAUAAGCGAAAAAAAGGUAUUUUUACAAGCAAAAUGAAGUGGAUAAACUUACCACUUCAACCAUAUGUAUAGCCCUUAGUAAUAUAAAGAAAGGAAUUUUUCUAAACUCGUACAAAAUGACUACAAAAACUCAGAUGGAUAUUGAAUGGAAGCACGACUAGCAAUGGCUUUUUAGAAAGACAAAGACUGGCUUUCCCGGUUUGCAUAAGAGAACUGCUUUCUAGCAGGGAACACAGUAAAAGAGAAGCUCGCCUGGAAAUCUCGUACUGGCCACUAGUUACUGGAAAUGGUUUGCAGCUAACAGGACUGAUUUUGAGAAUUAUAUGGAAGCACUUUUAGCAUCAAUUAGCUGGCUUUCAAAUUCCUGCUUCAAAUUGAAAUAAAAGACUCCUCCAUUUCCCUUUUCAAAGUAGAUAAAGACAUUCACGAAAGGAACCAUGUGCUUUAUCUCAAAUAUAAGGAGAAUAAACCAUUCUAUCCCAAAGCACGUGAUGUGGCUGAAACUGCCUUUUGAAGUUCUAUCUCUCUUCCAACCAAAAUGACCCA